UCUCCUCACUACUCCUUCAUUCAUAUUAUUUAAAUUCUCCAAACCAAACUUACUUCUUUAUUUCUUUAUUUAUAUUUGUAUAUUAUAUCUCUAUUAGUAGUGCAAUUCCCUUAUUUAUACAAGCAAUUAAUUAAUUAAUGGCCGGCUUAACACUACGUUUAUCCACAUCAUCAUUCAUGAGUACCAUAGACACAACCAAAGCCCACAAGCCCAACGAUGACUUCCCAGCCAACUCAGUGGUCCGUGCUUUCCCGGCGGCUUCUCGGCCACCACCGGCGUCCAAGCUGAGAACUAGAGCAACCAACAGCACACAAGAGAUGAAGGUUGAGGGUGGAGUACUAGUGGCUGAGAGAUUGCAUCAUUUGGUUAAGCAUGAAGGAAUGACGUCGUCGACGGCGAGGGUGCCGGUGUACGUGAUGUUGCCGUUGGACACGGUGACGAUGAACGGAGGAGGGUUGCAUAAAGGGAAAGCUUUGAAUGCGAGUUUGAUGGCGUUGAGAAGUGCUGGUGUGGAAGGAGUGAUGGUGGAUGUUUGGUGGGGGAUUGUUGAAAAAGAAGGACCUUUGAAGUAUAAUUGGGAGGGUUAUAGAGAGCUUUUGGACAUGAUUAAGAAAAAUGGUCUUAAGGUUCAGAUGGUUAUGUCUUUUCAUCAGUGUGGUGGCAAUGUUGGGGAUUCUUGCAGCAUACCACUGCCACCAUGGGUUCAUGAAGAAAUGAGCAGGGACCAAGAUAUUGUAUACACAGACAGAUCUGGCAGGAGAAACCCUGAAUACAUCUCAUUAGGUUGUGACAUGUUACCAGUGCUGAAGGGCAGGACACCGAUCCAGGUCUACUCCGACUACAUGAGGAGUUUCCGUGACAGAUUCAACGAUUACUUCGGCGAUGUCAUUGUGGAGAUUCAAGUUGGGAUGGGUCCUUGUGGGGAGUUGAGAUAUCCGUCUUAUCCGGAGAGCAAUGGAACUUGGAGGUUCCCAGGAAUCGGAGAAUUUCAAUGUUAUGACAAAUACAUGAAAGCUUCCUUACUAGAAUCAGCGAUCGCGGUUGGACACAAGGAAUGGGGCUAUGGUGGACCACAUGACUCAGGAUAUUACAACCAAUUCCCUGAGGAGACAGGUUUCUUUAGAAGGGAAGGAGCAUGGAACACAGACUAUGGGAGAUUUUUCCUUGAAUGGUAUUCCAACAUGCUCUUGGAACAUGGAGACCGAAUCCUAGCAUCUGCCGAGGAGAUUUUCAGAGGUACCAACACUAAACUAUCAGCCAAGGUUGCUGGAAUCCAUUGGCAUUACAAGACUCGCUCCCAUCCAGCAGAACUCACUGCUGGAUAUUACAACACAAGAUAUAGAGAUGGGUACCUCCCAAUCGCUCAGAUGUUGGCAAAGAAAGGUGUUGUCUUAAAUUUCACAUGCAUGGAAAUGAAGGAUGAACAACAACCAGGACAUGCAAAUUGUUCUCCAGAACUGCUUGUAAAACAAGUGAAACUAGCAGCAAAGGCUGCUGGAGCUGAACUCGCUGGGGAGAAUGCCCUGGAAAGGUAUGAUGAGUCAGCAUUCUCCCAGGUUAGGGCAACAAGCAGGUCUGAUGCAGGUGAUGGUUUGUGUGCUUUCACAUAUUUAAGGAUGAACAAGAGGUUGUUUGAAGAACAUAAUUGGAGACAGUUUGUGGCAUUUGUCAAGAGCAUGGAUGAAGGUGGAAGAAGAAUUUCGCUACCUAAGAGUGAUUCAACUCAUUCUGACCUCAACGUUGGGUUUAUUAUCAACAACAGUCAGAAGAAAGAGUCGACUGAGACAGCUGGUGCGCUGUAAAUAUACUAGCAUGAUUACACGUAAAAUUAAAAUUGCAUCAAAUACAUAUAAAAGCAUAAAUAAGGAAACAUCUUGAAGUAUAUUGGACGCUGAAACAUAGACAUGAUUUUCUAUGUAAAAGGCAUGUAGAGUUUUUCUGUUACAGGCCAUUGUACAACAUACUAUACACUGAAAGAAAAUCAAAUAAUAUUUAGAAUGCCA